AUGGCGACCGCGAUCUCUAAUCAUACCUCUCACCCGCCGAAGAUGAAGCGACCGCCCCCGCCUUUUCCCCAGACGGGAGUGAAUGGCGUCAAGGCUCAGCAGUCCUCGUCCCCGCAGCCUGCCUCGAAACAGCUUCCGGGUUCGAGUCAUACCACCUCCGCUAGCUCUACCGGGCCACCGAUUACAAACGGCGCCAAUGGCGCCGUCGAUUCGAAAGGUGCCCCCGGCAAGGGCCCCCUGAAUAAAUCGAGGAAGGAUGCGCAGAAGGCGAAUGAUCCAGCCGCGCGGAUACCAAAGCAUUUGGUAAAACCAUUGUCAACUGACAUUGAGCGUCGGCUGGGCAAGAAGUGCCCCGAGCCUUAUGUCAAAACAACUUCCUAUAUCCUUAAGAAAUUCUCCAAAUGUCCGCCAUCCCUUAUCGUACACCUACAUCCGACACAUUUUCGUUUCGAGCAGCAGGACGGAAGCUUUCCCUACAAUUCCGAAAUGAAAGUCAUCAUUGAGCAUAUCCGUGCUGGGACCGUUCCGCACGAUAUGAUGGAGGAGCUGCUGCGGGCUAAUGUUCGCUUUUACGAAGGCUGUCUCAUUGUUCGUGUAGUCGAUCACAAGUCGGCGGUAGCGCAGGCGAGGAAAUCGGCCGCAAAGUCAUCGAACGAGAACAACGCCCCCUUUUCAAUCCACAACUACAACGAGCAUAUUACUCCGUCGGCCUUUGUACCAUACCCGAAGCAGAACCAAUUGACUUCGGAGAAAUCAAGCUCGAAAGAACCCGCGUCAAACCAGUCCGGCGUCAAGGCUAAUGGGGAUCCGUCGACUUCUCCCGCCGCAAGAAAUGAGUCAACUUCUACCCAGCGAAACCAGCCUCCUCCGAAGCCUCGUGUUUUCACCACUGUCCUUCACCCUACCCCCCGUUCUUUGCAGGCAGAGCUCACUUUGCUUGCCACUACACCCGAUCCACGAGCCGCGAAGCAGACCAAUCAAAGUUCGGCGACCUCUGCUCCGGGAGCGGCAUCUGGCCAGACCGACCGCGGGCAUGUCGCAAAGAAACAGAAAAUGCUGGUUGAGCCGUCGGAGCUCGUGGAAUGCGAAUCUAAGCUUACGAGGGCGCUGGCACCGCCCCUCUUCCUGGAACCUGUUAAUAGCUUUGAUGCUGUUCAAGAUCUCCUGAAAUACAUGGAAAGCCCUCUGCAUCGCGAUCCGCCACCGUCACCGAAGAGGAGAAAGAGGACUGUGGCCGAGCUUGCCGCAGACGAGGCGUUGGCCGCCGAAGAAGAACGAUUUAUGCUUAUCAUGGAUGAUCGACUGGAGCCUACGACGUCAGGAGGCGCCGGUGCGACGAAAUCUACUGUUGAUGAGGCCGGUGGUGGUGCGCCUUUCGAACCGCGCUUUUCGAGAUUCAAGACCUUGGAGAAUAUCCGCAUGCAGCACGAGGAGAAGGCGAAACGCGAACACGAAAACAAGCUCAAACAGGAGAUGGUCAAGAGACAGCAGCAGCAGGAGCAGGAGCGAGAACGACGUCGCCUCAUGGAACAACGACAAGCGGAAGAGCAUGCCAAGGAAGAAACUCGAAGGCAACAGUUGGCUGCCCAGCAGGCACAGGCACAGCUUGCAGCAACCCAGCAACAAAAUCGGCACAUCAUGGCACAAGCCAACGGGGUCAGUCAAGGGCCGCAGUCCUCGCCAGUGGUCCGCCACCAAACACCCCACAAUACCUCAUCGCCUCUUGUUAGCGUUCCCAUGAGUAUGACACCGUCGAUGCAGGGUGCGGGGAGUCCACCGAGACCGCCGUCUGCUCUACAGCAUGCUCACCCGAACGUCAUGAGCCACCCCAUGGCAGCUUCCCGAAGUCAACAAGGACAGAGCCGUCACGGAACUCCGCAGAUGACCCAGGGCACGCCAGCCAUGUCUCAUGCGACACCCAUCAUGCGUAAUGUAACGCCUACCCAACGCAUGAGCCACGCCAGCCCGAACCGUCCAUCGAUGGCCCCGACCCCCGUUGUGAACCAGUCGAUGAUGGGGACUCCGCAAAUGGCUGGUGGGAUGGGCCUUACGCCUCAGCAGCAGCAGAUAUUGAUGCAGCAGAGACAACAAAUGCUAGCUCAGCAGGGCCAGCUGACACCGCAGCAGUUGGCUCAACUGCAAGCUAGCGCCCAUGCCCAACAAAAUAUCCAAUCCCACCAGCACAACAUGAUCCAGGCUCAACACCAUAAUCAGCAGAUGCAGCAGCAAAAGGUUCAGAAUCCGCAGGCAUACCAAGCUCAGUUGAUGCGGGCGCAGCUUGCGCAAAUGCAGAUUGUCCAACAACAGCAACAGCAGCAACAGCAACAGCAACAACCGCAACAACCGCAGGCGCAACCUCACCCCCAACCUCAACCACAACCACAGCCGCAGGCCCCACAGCCGCAACAAGGUCAAAUGCACCAGGCCAGCCCGCAGUUGAACUCUCAGCAACAGAUGUUAAUGGCAGCUGCUCAAGCCAACGGAGGCCAAAUUCCACAGCAUCUCCAAGGAAUCAACAGGGCCCAGGGCGCCAUGGCCCAACGGUACAACCACCUUUACCAGCAGCGCUUACUGCAGUUACGGCACAGCAUGGCGAACCGUCUCAUGGCACAAUUCGGGCCUCCUACGCAAUAUCCACCGAACGUCUCACACCAGUACCAGGUUGGGCUGGAACAGACAGCCAAGACAUGGAUCCAGGAGAUCAUCCGACGCGAACGAGAAAUGGCCCAGCAACAACGAGCCAAUCAGGCUGCGGCCGUCCAGGCCCAGGCGAUGCAGCAACAGCAUCAGCAAAACAUGAUGCAGGGCGGCAUGGGCAAGUAG